CUCCCUUCGUCAACCAGAUCUGUAAUUCCAGGCGCCGGUCAAUGAUUGAACUCUCAUAUUCUUGAACCUUUGGGUCGAAUUCCAGUCUGAAUCAUACUUCACGACCGGAGAUCAUCAGAACGAUGUUUGCCGCAAAUCCUGGUAAGAAAGGGAGAGGUCCAGAUGAAGCAGAUACUUGUCGAAUAUGUCGAGGGGAGGGCUCGGAGGAAGAGGAGCUGUUCUAUCCCUGCAAAUGCAGCGGCAGCAUCAAGUUUGUCCACCAGAGCUGCCUGAUGGAGUGGCUCUCCCAUUCCCAAAAGAAAUACUGCGAGCUUUGCAAGACCCCGUUCCGCUUCACCAAGCUUUACGAUCCAAAUAUGCCCCAGGAUUUGCCCGCUCCAGUUUUCCUGAAGGAAUUGAUGGUGCAUAGUCUCCGUUCGCUGCUCACCUGGUUGCGCUUUUUGCUCGUGGCCUUUGUCUGGCUUGGCUGGCUGCCUUGGUCUAUGAGGGCGGUCUGGCGGGGACUCUUCUGGCUUGCCGAUGGACGCUGGCCAACUUCUGAGAGCCUUCCUUCUACGACCUCUGCUGCGGCCAGUGAGACUUUAAGUAGCCUCGCUACCCAGGGCACGUCACCCGUUACAAAUGUUUUCAGCACGACUUCUCCGGCGACCGCCCACAGUCUUCAAUCAACCAUUCCACAGUUCUUUUUCCCCGUGUCAUCGGUAUUGAACUUCACUGCAGGGGAACCUUUGAUAUAUUCCAUCGCCAAACGGCUCCUGGCCAAUGCUGUCGUUCUUACUACUUCCGCCUCGACCUCUAUGGAUCCCGGAAACGUAACUACAUCGGCAACGAGGCGUUUGCGACAGCCGUCAUGGCUGUCUGAUGUUGAUUUCUUGAAUAGCUUAACUCCAUAUCCAACCAUAAACAAUAUAUUAAUCGAUACUUUGGAAGGCCAAUUGAUCACCUUGCUCGUGGUGAUCCUAUUUAUACACGUAUUUCUAAUACGGGAAUGGGUCAUACAACAGCAACCCGCCAUAAAUCUCGCUGAAGGCGAGCGGGAAGCCGCUGAUCAGCUGCUUCGAGACAAUAGGAUUAACCCUGUUGUGGAACCGGAACCCGAGCAGAGAAACGAGGAAGAACUGGCACCCAUUGAGAUGCCAGUUAUUGAACCAAUUCAAGCUGGCCGCUUUGACGUUGAAGCGGAUGAUAGAGUCUCUACGACCGAUAUCCCAUUUGAUGCUGAAGAAAGUCUGCCAGUGGGAGGAAGUGCUUCCCCCAGACCCUUUAUCGCCAAUACGAGCACAUCUUCGUUCCUCACAUCAGAACCUGGCUCUUCUAGCGAACAAACAGGCAGAGAAGCUUCUAUGACUGGUCCGGGCCUGGAUUUCAAUCGUUAUGCUAACCAUUCAUGGAGCUUUGGGGUUGAAGGUUUGAAUGAAACUCUAUCGCCAGGCGAGCAAAGCUCAAAUACUAGAGACAACGGGCGCAAUUUCAGCCUGGGAGGGCCUGUGAUUGAUACUUUAGGUCAGAUUCAACGCGAAGAACCUCAUUUCCCUACCUUCCCAGCUACCACGUCGCACACAGGGAACGAGCUGAGGCCGUUCGAGGAUGACGCCGGGUCCGCCAAUCAACCCAUUGAACGCUCUACGGGCAUAUCUCUAGGCGACUAUGCCACUGCUCAGAACGAAAAUUUAUUUCCAGUACAAUCCGCAGAACCCGAGGCUGUUGGCGGAGAAACUACGGGGCUACCGUUGAUUCCUUCCCCAAUUUUUGGAAAUAAUGAUAUCAAUUUACCCGCAAAUCGUUUCGAUUUUCGACCAAACGUUGAGUUUCCCGAAAUCCAGGCGAGUAUUGACGAGUAUUCCCGUUCUCUUCGUCUUCUAGAAACGGAUGACGCGGAAGUCCGCGGGGCGUCGACUGCGGAUCCCACUACCCCGAUGCAAGCACCAGACACUAGUUCAGUACAGGCAACGGAAUUGCAGAGGCAAGAGAGGCCAGCUGUUCCAGUCCAUGCUCCGAGGAAUCUGAAAGAGCGUGUGGUGGAAUGGUUUUGGGGUGGUAUCCCUGUUCAGCCAAGGCGACAGGAUGAAGGGGGCGACGACGAGCGUAUUGUUGAGGACCCAGCUCAAGAACAGCCGUUUGUUCCUGUCCGCCAUGGCCAGCAUAUGCUGGAUGCCAAUGCAGCCCCUGACAAUGAAGUCCCUAACCGUGCGGCGGCUCCGGCGAAUGGAGGAUUUGAUAAUGAUGCCGAUGCAGUGGAUGAUGCCGACGAUCUGGAAGGUGUUAUGGAGCUCAUUGGAAUGCAUGGUGCAAUUUUCGGCCUUCUUCAAAACGGGGUUUUCAGCGCUCUCCUUAUUUCGUUUACCGUCACCGUGGGCAUCUGGCUUCCGUACCUAUGGGGUAAAAUCGCUCUAGUCCUACUAACCAACCCUAUACGGUUGUUCAUCGGAAUUCCUCUUGCAAUCCUAUCAAUAAUCGCCGAUAUUGCUGUCGACACCGUCAUUGGAAGUUUUGCCUAUCUGGUAUACGUUGGAAAUGUCUUAAUAAGGGCUCUCUUGGGACAAAUUGGGAAAGCUAUCCCUCUCCUCGCGAAAUUCUCAGCAAGUAAUGCUGUUACUCACGCCUCGCUAAGUUUAAUUGAUGGAAGUGGCCAGCGUCUGAGGCGGAUAAUGACGACUUUCUUCACCUUCCGCGAUUCCGAUGUUCCGAUGUUUUCCGUCCUUGCCCAUCAAGCUUUGCGAAUACAUCAGGCUCGGCUUACUGCUGUCUAUAAGUUCCUCUUCCACAUUGUUAAAACGGUGACUUACGAUGCUCCUCUGCAUAUCCUUCGGCAAGACAGCAGUGAAUCGCUGCUUCAACGGCUUUCUCAUGUGAAUUCCAUGAAAACUCUAACUUUCGUUACAAGCACGUUGAAGGAUUUUGUACGGGUGGUCUAUUCCAUCUUGAAGUAUGGAGAUUUGUCGAGCUUGAAUACUUCCGUGAAUUAUGCCCUGCCCGCAAAUAUGGACUCUGAUCUAGCCUACUGGGAUACCAAGGAUAGGAUCAUUGCCAUUUUCGUCGGCUAUUGUUUCGCAUCGCUUGUUGGCUUAUCCUAUCUUCGCCUCUCGGCGUAUUUCUCUGGAGAACAACGCGGCCCAAGAGUAAAUGGUGCCGUGGCUGAAGUCCUUCACCAGGCUGGCGGAGUCAUGAAGGUCAUUCUGAUUAUUGGGAUUGAAAUGAUCGUGUUUCCACUUUACUGUGGUAUCCUGCUUGACAUCGCCCUCAUGCCACUCUUUGAAAAUGCCACAUUUGGGACAAGAUUCGCAUUUGCUACAGAGUCUCCGCUUACUUCACUGUUCGUACAUUGGUUCAUCGGCACUUGCUACAUGUUUCACUUUGCGCUCUUCGUGUCUAUGUGCAGAAAGAUCAUGCGCAAUGGUGUUCUCUACUUCAUUCGGGAUCCUGAUGACCCGACAUUCCACCCUGUACGCGAUGUCCUCGAGCGCAACGUGUCAACACAGCUCCGAAAGAUCGGGUUUAGCGCCCUAGUGUAUGGGGCGCUUGUGAUCAUUUGCAUGGGUGGCGUAGUAUGGGGGUUGUCUUCGGCUCUCAAUGGAGUACUGCCAUUACAUUGGUCAUCUAAUGAACCAGUGCUCGAAUUCCCAGUGGAUUUGCUUUUAUAUAACCUCGUUAUGCCACUUGCCAUUCGGUCCAUCAAACCGUCGGAUAUCCUGCAUAAUAUGUACGAAUGGUGGUUCCAAAAAUGCGCACGUCUUCUAAGAUUAACAGACUUCCUUUUUGGGCAGAGACAACUGGAUGAGGAAGGGUAUUAUAUUAGCAAGACAUGGAAGCAAAAGUUAUUGGAAGGGAGAGCGUAUUUUUCACAGCCAACCGACAACGAGGAGCCGACGGCAAAGCAAGUGCAAGAUGAAAGGAAUUUUGUGCGUGAUGGCAAGUUUGUCCGCGCUCCAGCAUCCGACCAGGUUCGAAUACCCAAAGGAACGCAAGUAUUCCUCGAAGUUAAUGAGAACAACGAACGGAUCGAUGGUAAACCCGACCACGAUGAUGGCUUGCAUGGCAAGACCAACGAAAUGUUUACGAGAGUUUAUGUGCCUCCUAGAUUCAGGACUAGAAUUACUGCCUUCAUUUUCUUGAUAUGGGUGUUCGCCGCUACAACGGGUGUGUGUGUCACGAUUAUACCGUUAGUUAUUGGGCGGAGAAUGGUCUCGAUCCUGUUUCCAGAAAAUGUUCCGAUCAAUGAUCUCUAUGCCUUUUCAGCUGGGCUAUAUUGUGUUGGUGGAAUUGUCUACGGCCUAUAUCAUUGCCGUCAUUGGGCUAUCCCUCUACGCAACCAGGCCAUUCAGCUGUUUUAUUCACCGAAGAAUUUCCUCAGCAAAGCGUUCAAAACGAUGUCAUAUGUCUUCCACCUAGGAUACGUUUUCGGAGCGUUCCUCUUCCUGAUCCCGUCCUUGUUUGCGAUUAUUACGGAACUUUAUUUCCUCGUUCCACUCCAUACAUAUCUCAAUCGCGAGGGAACUCAUAUCAUCCAUUUUGUUCAGGAUUGGACUCUUGGUGUUUUGUAUAUGCGGAUGAUGGCACGCCUGAUUCUGCGUAACGAAACAUCACGGCCUGCCAUGGCUCUUAAGGCGGUUAUCCGAAACGGCUGGCUCCAUCCUGACAUCAAAUUUGCCACCAGGGCAUUUAUAAUACCCGCAGCUCUGGUCACUUUCGUGGCAGUACUGACUCCUCUUUUGAUUGGGUUCAUAUUGAAUGGGACGGUCUUUAGAGCAGAUUCCGCAUUGGUACACUCUCAAGUCUACCGAUAUUCAUACCCAGGAUUUCUCUCCUUCGUUCUUCUAUGCUGGGGAUCGCAUCUUCUCCGUCGCCAGAUUAAUGUCUGGCGCAUGAGCAUUAGAGACGAUGUUUAUUUGAUUGGCGAGCGAUUGCAUAAUUUCGGGGAAAAGAGAGCGAGGGAUGUUGGUGCUGCCAGGCGCAUGAUCAACCCUGCAUGAUACGUAGACGCUUCUUUCUUACUUUAUUUCAGAGAUCAUAGCAUGUAUAUACCAGAAGACUUUAGCAUUCAAAUUUUUUUCUUUUCUCCCUUC